AUGUUGCGAGCAGAUACACCGGCGCAACGGAUGGAAACCCUGAGCCCGGCUUGUAUAUACAAGGACGACAUGAAUCUUUUCUUUCUCCAUUGCGGCAAUCGUGAUUUGGACGAGCUGAUGAGAGCGCCAGAUAUUCGCAAAGUUACCACGACGGCCGAAGCUCUCCUUCCAGCACACAGCUCCUUCGAGGGAGCGAGAAAUGCACCACUUGGGACGGAGCCCCUUGGCUUGCGCAUGAUGCAUGCCUCUGCAAGCCUCGUUGCAACAUUCAUUCAUUAGACAACUAUGCCGUGGGGUACGAGCCUUAGGGAAUUCCAUGGCAGAUCAUUUGUUACACUGGCCGAAAUAGCGCUCUCCCGUGGGAGCUGACCUGUCUGCCUGGUACGGCCUAGACCCAAACACCACGCUAAAGACAAGCACAAUUUAUGCCACCUAUACACCGAAGAAAUCAGAUUCCACUGCUCCGCUACCAUCGAAUAUCAUUACAAGUCCUUCUUGGCCGUCUUUGCACCUCGCUUCCUUGGCAAACCUAGCUUCUUCCUAUCCUUGCGAUCACCCUCCGCAAGCCAUUUGCUUGCCUUGACCAGCUGGAUGAUGU